CCCAGUUCCACCAGUGUUACUGUAUAUAAACCACUCACUUGUCUUCAGAGCUUUGCUACUAGAAGUCUUAUCCACUGAAGACAGCCAAGAUGCGAGUCAAGGACAUGACAUUCAAGGAGGGGCAUGAAUUCAAGAUCCGCAUCAAGCCCAAUGACGGCUGCUCUUCCUUUGCCAUUAACAUUGGUCAUGACCCUGAGAAUAUCGCAUUGCACUUCAACCCCCGUUUUGACUCUGAAGUCAUCGUCUGCAACUCCUUGUCUGGGGGGAGCUGGGGUGAUGAGCACCGCGAGGGACGCCUCCCUUUCACAUGUGGGGAGGAAUGCAAGUUUUACAUCAAUUUCAACAUGGAGCAGUUUUACAUAAAGCUUCCUGAUGGAUCCAUGAUGAAUUUCCCCAACCGUCUGGGAGAUGUCAAAUAUAAGUUCUUUGACGUCAGCGGUGAUGCAAGGAUCGUUGGCAUCAAGAUCAAGUAAACAUCAGCUUCUUGACUCGACUUGUCCACCUCUUGGUUGUUUCAGAAGUAGUCUGUUUGAAAUUACUGGGCCAAGUUCUGGUUAUUCUUCUUUUCACCUGUUGAAGCUUAUGGAAAAGUGACACUAGAAAUGGACAUUAACAUGCACUGCAUAUACUGUAAUACUAUGAAAUGGCCUGAAGAGGGAGCCAUAGCACAUCUUACCUGACUGUGCCUGCUUGACAUCUCAUUGGGUUUGCUAAUAAAUGCUGUGGGGAAAGGGUC